CACACACAUGGACUAACUUCUUUUCUGCGUCUUUAACCGAGUAACGUACCUGCUCGUGCUUGCGCGCGCGCGAGUGGAGCAGACCGGUGACAGAUCAGGAACAGUUAGCUCGGUCUCGCGCGCACACACACACACACACACACACACACACACACAGGUGAGGUCUCUCCCGCUCACUCGUGUCAGACGUGUCGCAGGAGAAGAUGACGGACAUCAGUCACGAGCUGCUGGAGAGUGUGCGGGAGGCCGUGGGUCGGAAGGUGAAGUUGACCCUGAGGCGGAAAGUCCAGCUGGAGGUCAAAGGUGACAAAGUGGAGAACAAGGUUCUGGCUCUGGCGUCACAUCGAGCGUACCUGCUGACAGCCCGAGUCCCAUCUAAGGUUGAACAUUCCUUCAGUUACCUGGACGUCCAGGGAAUCAGCAGCAACAAGCCCACUCAGCUGGUGCUGGAGCACGAGCGCGGUCCAUGGAGUCUCCGGCUGAGCUCGGUGGAGGAAGUGGACGAGGUCAUCGCUCACAUCGGCUGCUGUCUGCACCGCAUCUGCCCGACAGGUUCACCUGUAAAGGUGAUGAGGAAGUUAAGUCUGAAGCCUCCAGAGCGGACGACCGCCCUCCAGACGAUGUGGGACGAUCAUGGCUCGACGGACGUGGGACCCUGCGGAGGCUUCUCUCAUCAGUACUGGUGUGUGUGUGAUCACCUGGGUCUGCCCUACAGAGAGGAAGUCCAGUGGGACGUGGACACCAUCUAUCUCACUCAGGACACCAGAGAGCUCAACCUGCAGGACUUCAUUCACCUGGAGAACAGGUAUGAACACAACACUGUAUGAUUUAUUGUUUUGAUAUAAAACAGCUGACAAGUGGUGUCUGGUUUUUA